AUGGCAACAACCACCACUAUCCGCACACUAGUGAAGCGCCUGUGCAGCGGCGGUGGGCGCAAGGCGACGGCGGCAGCCCGGACGCUGGCUGACCUCUCUUAUGGCAUAGACAACAGAACAGCCAUCAUAGCAGCCGGCGGCAUCCCGGCGCUGGUGCGGUGCCUGGGCAGCAAAGACAGCAGCGAGGCAUUGCAGCAGGAAGCAGCCGCAGUUCUGUGCAACCUCUCUUCAGGCAGCCCCGACAACAAGGCAGCCAUUGCAGCAGCCGGCGCAAUCCCAGCCCUGGUGCAGCACCUGCGCAGCAGCAGUGAGCAGAUGCAGGAGCCUUUACGUAGCAGCGGCAGCGAGGAGGUGCAAGCUCGAGCAGCUGAUUUGCUCGGCAUGCUGGCCUCUGACAGCGCCGACAACCAGGCUGCCAUUGCAGCAGCAGGCGCCAUCCCAGCCCUGGUGCGGCACCUGCGCAGCAGCAGCAACGCGCCGCAGCAGUCUCAAUCCUGCGUCGGAGAUGCCGGUUGCAUGUACCAGCGCCCACCCGCGCAGCCGCAGCUGCACCUGGACCACCCCCGCCUGGCCCGGCCCGCGAGUGCGGGGCCCCACACCCCCGAGCAGGCAAGCUACCCGCUGGCCGUCCACCUGGCCUUUGCGGGGCCCGGGGGCUACGCCGUGACCUGGCUCACGCAUCCAAUGGACGAGGCAGGCCUAGCGGCGGCCGCGGAGGAGGCGGUGGAUGAGGCAGACGCGGCGGCGGCGGCGGCGGGCGGUGGUGCCGUCGCUGACGGCCCGGCAGCAGGUGGCGAGGAGCCUUACCUCGCAGCAGCAGGGCCCCAGCCCCACCUAGAGGCCCAGAAGGCCGCCGCGGCUGCUGAAGCAAACGCAGAUGCAGCAACAGGGGAGGAGGGUGAAGAAGAGGGCGGCGACAAAGGCAGCGAGGCGGGUGCAGCAAACAGGAAGAAGCACAAGAAGAAGAAGAAGCACCGGCGGAAGAGGCGGCGGUGCUCGCAUGUGGUGGCUGCCGGCGGACGCUCGGUGGUGCAGUAUGGCAUGCAGCCUGGGGACUAUCCCUUCACAGGCAAGCGGCUGGGCAGCGCGGGCGGAGCCCUGCGCGUGGAGAGCCGGGAGCCUGUGGCCUGCUAUUCAAGUGGCGCCUAUGUGUCGGGCGCCAUCCACCGAGUGAAGAUAGGCGUGGGGACGGAGGGGCCGCUGCCCCCCAACACCACAGUCUACUACCGAUGCGGCGAUCCCGAGCGAGGCUGGAGCCAGGAGUUCAGCUUUGUGACGGCGCCGCUGGUGGGGGUGGCGGCGCUGCCGUACCGCCUGGGCCUCAUCGGAGACCUGGGCCAGACAGACCACUCGAUGAGCACGCUGGACCACGUGACUGUGACCGACCCAGCUUCCAUCAUCCUCACAGGAGACCUGUCCUAUGCAGACGGCUACCAGCCGCGCUGCCGGGCCGGCUGCUGA